GUGCACUACCGAGACGCCUGCAACUAAAGCCGCGCAAUGAUACUGCUGUAUGAGCUGCAAAAGCGGCUGGCCAAUCUGAGACCCACCGCCACUGUCGUAACCACUCCCACCGGUGCCCGCUUCAUUGAGCGGCGAUCGUCCGGCAGCGAGGAGGGCACAGCCUCGAGUUCGCAGCAGUUGGAGCCGCGUCAAUAUGGCUUUGUCGUGGAUACGAAGCCCGAUGCUGUGCCCGCCUGCAUUCUGAGCGACUUUCUGUACCUCGGCUCCCAGGACGCAGUCUGCGCGGGCAAUGUUGUGAAGUACAGGAUAACGCAUAUUCUGAGCGUCGGCAUACAGACGCCGGAUGUGGAGUGGCCGACGCCAGUGAAAUGUAAGUACUUGCCCUGCCUGGAUCUGCCGGAAACCGACCUGACUCACUACGUCCUCCCCGUGUCCCUUGACUUUAUCGACGAGGCCCGCCGGUCGCAGGGUUGUGUGCUCGUUCACUGCAACGCCGGCGUUUCGCGAUCCGCCUCCGUGGUCAUUGGCUAUUUAAUGCAACGCCGGGACAUGAGCUACGAGGAUGCGUACAAUCUGGUCAAAUCCUGGAGGCCAAGCAUUCAGCCCAAUGCGGGAUUCAUGCAGCAGUUGAAGAGGUCCGCUAAAAUUUAGGGAUUGCAAUAAGCAACUUGUUUUGUUGUCUAGCUGUUUUAGCCUAAUAAGCCAUAGUUGUUGUACCAUACAACGCCCUUAACCACGAAACACUCGAGUGUUAAACAUAAACAAAGAAUGAAAUCUCUA